AUGCUGGAUGUACGGGAAUUUCAGUUCACAAACCCUCUGCACAUUGAGAAGGAAAGCGCCGACCUGGUGCCCUGUGGUAUCCUCGAGGAGUGGGCUACUCCGUUGAGUCAAGCCCCAAUGACAUUACCGUUGGCCGACAAGCUCUCUCUCUCCCCUACCUCAAAACAGACGCCAAAGUCCCUCUUUCCACUUAGCCAGCCAGGUGCACGAUCCGAGGUGACCCUUUUCCGCCACAACCGCGAGGCCGCCGGCGAAGUAAAGCACUCGGCUUCUGUGGUAGUAGAGGACUUGUUUUCUCCCAUGAGUGCCGGGGGUUCAAUGAUUUUUCACUCUGGCGAGCACAUAGCACAAGCCGCUCCGCUGCACAAAGGGGGAGUGAGAAUGGCUGCGCUCGGAGCCAGGGAAAACGCGUUGCCGCUCACUCUCGAAAAUGGCGAGAACGACGUCGAGAUGAUUUCACCGGCUCAAGCGAAUGGUGAAUACAGUGUCUUUCACCGCAAGGCGAGCAGUACCAAAAGCAGCGGUUCCGCCAACAAACCGCUGCCACGCCGUGGUCGGGCUGGGUGCUGUCAGCAACUCGGGCACACCAUUCUGCGCGUGUUGAUCCUGAUGAAACGGGAGUGGUGCUCGACGCUGUGCGAGUUUCUUGUCCCCAUCCUCUUUGUUAUCGGCACCGUUGCGCUGUGGGCCGUCUUCGGUACCACAAGGGGUGACGAAGUUCUCUACUACUCUCCCACAGGACCGGAUACGGUGUCCGCUAUAGCCGCAAACAUUAGUCGCUCCCUGUGCUACAAUGCGUCCUUGACGAGCAGCAUCGCUGGCUUGACGCCGUGUCUGGCGGGAAAAACAUAUGACUGCCCUCACGGCCGCGGCAUCCCUAUUGGCUUCUGCUACGAUCCACCUCUCAAGAAUUCUCUAUCACAGCUUCUCCUAACCGUGCCGGUUUCCACAUCACCGAUCUUGUCGCUGGACACGCUCAUCGCGUGCCAGUGGGUGACCAUGGAUGGAUCGAGGAGGACCCCCACGCCGUUCUCCUACGGCGGUCUACUGUACUUUGCGCCGAACACGCCGGAGGUGGUGUCGUUGGUGUCGUACAUGAAGGCCCAGUCGACGCUCUUUGAUAACGCGUACGGCGGCACAUUUGCGACGGCAGCGGAGGCUGCGUCACACGUCGCGUCGUUGACACAGAGCGACCCGCCGACGUGGGGCAUUGUGGAGGUCGACAGCUACACGGCCGAUAUGUUCAGUGUGAAGAUCAUGGUCAACUCAUCAGCCCUGCCAGCGACGUCGGACAACAUCCUCAGCAUGUACCUUGGCGGACUCGACACGACAACCAACUCACCGUACAUCUUCUCGGGCUACACGACGCUGCAGACGCUCGUGUACAAUCACUACAUCACGAGCGUGCUCGGCAUAUCGACCACGAAUCCGCUGAGCUACACCCCCAUGCCCACGAAAGCGUACGACGCUAGCUCCUUCUUGUCGACCGGCGCCUCCCUGGCGCCGCUUAUUUUGGUGCUUGGGUUCCUGUAUCCUGUUUCGCAGCUGACAAAGCGUAUUGUGCUGGAGAAGGAGCUGCGCAUUCGUGAGGCUAUGCUCAUCAUGGGUCUCUCCGAGUGGACCAUGUACCUUGCGUGGCUGGUGGUGUAUGGUGUGUGGUACACUGCGGUGUCCAUCAUCAUCACGAUCCUCCUGCACUUCACAUACCUGCCCAAGAGCAGUGCCGGCUACGUCUUCUUUAUUUUCUUGUUCUUCUCCUGGUCCACUAUCACGCUGUCCGGCGCGAUCGCAGCUAUCUUCAGCAAAGCCCGGCUGGCGGCCAUCGUCGCGCCUCUGAUCUACUUCGUGAUGGCGAUUCCGCUCUUUGCGAUACAGCGCGCUGGCAGCGGCGCUAAGACGGGCAUCAUGAUCCUGAGCCCGAGCGCACUCGCUGUCGGCUUCGGGCUGCUCUUCGAGCAUGAGGUGCAUGGCGGCGCAGGGGUUAGUGCGCUCGCCUACUUUCGCGACGAGCCGAAGCUGAUUCUUGUGUUCGUGUUUCUCGCUGUGGACAUCCUUGUGUACCUGCUGCUGAUGCUGUACUUCGACUGCGUGAUCCCAAAGGAGUGGGGGACGACGAAGAACCCGCUGUUCAUCAUCAUCGACCCUGUGCGGUGGUGCUUCUGCCGGCGCCGCGCGGACGACGACUACGACGUUGAGGACGGGCGCGCGGCGGACGGCGUGUUCGAGGCGAUGGACCCUGCAGCGGAGGAGGCGGCGGCGGUGCGGAUCUGCGGGCUGCGCAAGACGUUCAAGCGCGGCAGCAAAACGUUCGUUGCGGUGAACAACCUGUACUGGUCGCUGAACGAGGGCGAGAUCUCCGUGCUGCUGGGACACAACGGCGCAGGCAAGUCGACGACGAUGAACCUGAUGACUGGGAUGCUGGAGGCUGACGGCGGCGACUGCUACGUUUACGGGCACUCGGUGCGCCACGAGCUGGGCGCUGUGCGGCAGGAAAUUGGGUUGUGCCCGCAGCACAACAUCCUGUGGCCACGGCUGACGGUGCGGGAGCACCUGGACUACUUCGCUGCGAUCAAGGGGCUGAGGGGGUCUGAGAAGGAGGAUGCGGUCCGGCGGCUGCUUGUUGCGGUGGACCUGGAGGACAAGGAGCACUACAUGUCGAAGGCGCUGUCCGGUGGGCAGAAGCGGAAGCUGUCGGUCGCCAUUGCGUUUGUUGGCGGGAGCCGGCUCUUGUUCCUGGACGAGCCGACGGCUGGGAUGGAUGUUGGCGCGCGGCGCCACACCUGGGGGCUGCUGAAGGAGAUGGCGCAGUGCCACACGAUCUUGCUGACGACGCACUUCAUGGACGAGGCCGACCUGCUUGGCGACACGGUUGCGAUCAUGAGCAAGGGGCGGCUGCAGUGCGCGGGGUCGAACAUGUUCCUGAAGUCGAGGCUUGGCGUCGGGUUCGUGCUGACAAUGUCUGUUGUGUCGCACGUGCGGCGUGGGCCGAUCGAGCAGAUGGUGCGGGCACUCGUGCCUGCUGCGGAAGGCGUUGGAAGCGGCGCGGGCGAGGUUGCGUACCGGUUGCCGAUGGCAUCGAAGCCUGCGUUUCCCGACCUGCUUGCGGCGGUGGAGGACGGCAUCCCCGGUCUUGGGAUCAACGCGUACUCGCUCUCGGCGACGACCCUGGAAGAGGUGUUCAUCAAGAUCGCGGAGGGCCUGGAUGCGGAGUGCGACGCGGACGCGCUUGUGGUGGAGGAGACGGCGGAGGCAACUGAGGCUGUGUGGGACGUGGAGAUGGAGACGGGGCGGUGGACGCGGUGGCGGCUGCAGUUCCGCGCGAUGAUGGUGAAGCGCCUGUGGAACGCGCUGCGCGACCGGCGCACGCAGUUCUUCCAGAUCGUGUGCCCCGUCGCAUGUGUGCUGCUCGCGAUGCUGCUGACGCUGGUGAAGCUGUUCAGAACGUCGACGAUCACGCUGAGCAGCGACGUGUACGGGGCGGCGGUGGACAUCCCGCUUGCGAACUGCGAGGGCGUGCUGGACGUGGUGACACCCUUCUCGCCGAACGCGCACAUGGAUAUCUGGACGGACACGCCGAGCGCCUCUGCCUUCUCGGCGAAGCUGAACAUGACGUACAACACGCACGCGAACGAGCGCUACGGCGGCGUCUCGUGCGCGGUGGCGAGCGGCGGCGAGCUGUACCACAGUGUCUUCUACAACACAACAGCACUGCAUGAGGUCGCCAUCGAGACAUCCAACGUCUUUGCUGCCUACCUUCACGCGGCAACUGGUCGACCUGACAUGAGUGUUAUGACCGCCGUCUCCCCUCUCCCCAAGACGUCGCAGCAACAGGCGGUGGAGUCGUCCGUGUACGCGAUAAUGAUUUCUGUCAUCAUCAUGAUCCCGUUCACCUUCAUUCCUUCGACUUUUGUGGGCUGGAUCGUGAAGGAGCGCGAGUGCAAGGCGCGGCACCUGCAGAACGUCUCUGGCCUGAGCUUCUACGUCUAUUGGCUCGCCAACUUCUUGUUCGACCUCUGCUCGUACAUCAUCACGAUGUGCCUCGUCAUUGUUGUCUUUUUGGCUUUCGGCCGUGACGAGUACGUGGCGUCGAACAACAUCGGCGCAACGUUUGUGGUGCUUCUGCUCUACGGUGUGUCGGGCAUCCUUAUGGCAUACGCGCUCAGCUUUGCCUUUGAUAGUCAUUCCACUGCGCAGAACGUCGUCAUGCUUGUCAACUUCAUCAUUGGCUUCCUGCUGGUUCUGGCGGUGUCGGCGCUGACGCUGAGCGAAUCAACGAAGAAAGUGGCCAAUGUGCUCCGCUGGAUCUUCCGCAUCGUACCUAGCUACUGCGUCGGCGAGGCAAUCAAUAACCUAGCGUCGCUCAAAGUGUCCCGUGCGUUUGGCAUCAACAACAGCGCGUGGGACAUGGACGUUGUGGGGUGGGUAUGUGUGUACAUGGCGAUCGAGAUCCCCAUUCUCGUGUUCAUCACACUGCUGAUCGACCACCCCGGGCGGCGGCAGCGCAGCCAGCGACUGUUCCACAACCCAGACGCUCCGGCGGAGGCGAUCGAGGACGAGGACGAGGACGUUGCCGCGGAGCGCCACACGGUGCUGGCGGGCGACGGGCGAGAGGGAGACCUCGUGCGCGUGCUGAACCUUCGGAAGGAGUACCCGAACGGGAAGGUUGCUGUGCGGAACGUCACGUUCGGCGUGAAGGCCGGUGAGGUGUUUGGGUUCCUCGGGACGAAUGGCGCUGGCAAGACGACGACGAUCUCGAUCCUGUGCCAGGAGUUCUGCCCGACAAGCGGGCGAGCCUACGUGUGCGGGAACGACAUCGUGACGGAGAGCAGCGAGGCGCUGCGAUGUAUCGGGUACUGCCCGCAGUUCGAUGCGUGCCUGGACCUGCUGACGGUGGAGGAGCACCUGUACCUGUACGCUGGCGUGCGCGGGAUCUCGUCGCGGUCGUGCGACCGAGUUGUGCAUGGGCUGAUGAGGCUGUGCGGGCUGACGGAGUACCGGAGCACGAAGUCGCACGAGCUGAGCGGCGGCAACCGGCGCAAGCUGUCGGUCGCCGUGUCACUCAUUGGCGGGCCGCGCGUUGUGUUCUUCGACGAGCCGUCGGCUGGCAUGGACCCCGUCGCGCGGCGCGGGCUGUGGAACGCGAUCGAGACGGUGGCGGACAACUGCUCUGUUGUGCUGACGACGCACCACCUGGAGGAGGUGGAGGCGCUUGCGCACCGCGUGGCGAUCAUGGUGGACGGGACGCUGCGGUGCAUUGGCGACAAGACACAUCUAAAGCAGAAGUACGGGACGGGGUUCGAGGUGGCGGUGCACGUGGCGGACGAGUCGCCGGAGGUGAUGGCUGGGGUGGAGCAGUUCUUCGAGGAGGAGUUCCCGUCGAGCGAGCUGACAGAGGCGCGCGCGAAGCGCUUCACGUACCAGCUGCCGAGCACUGUGCGCCUGUCGAGCGUGUUCACUGCGCUGGAGCAGCAGAAGGAGAGGCUGCAGAUCCGCGACUACAAGGUGGCGCAGACGUCCAUUGAGCAGGUGUUCAUGCGCAUCAGCGAGGAGGCGGAGCUUCAGCAGGAGGGGGAGCACCAGGAGCGCAUGCAGAGCAAGCAAAAAUGCAGCUGUGACUGUCUGGGCUUUCUGCGGAGGUGA